UUUUCCCCAGAAAACGGUCUGGGCGCAUCCGUGGUCAAUUAAUUAAUUCCCACCUGUCAGUUGGAGGCGCCUUGAGAUGACCUGACAACGGUCUUUCUCUGCUGGAUCGCCUAGACAACUUUCGCGGAGUUGCGUCUUCGCAACAUGCCCACGGGCCGCCGACGACUUUGCUCGUAUUCGCUGGCCGUCUAUCGUGACCUGUUAUCGAGGCCGCAGUCGACCGGGGAGAGGACAAUUGUGACCUAAACAUGACUCGACGCUUGGUUCGCACCGGCUGUCAGCUCGGUUUUCUCGCCCUUUUCGCCUGUCUGCUCGUCGUGAUUCUCGACAACAAAUUCCGUGUCCUACCAGAUGCCAUCCACGGCCAUCUCCCCACACACCAUCCCGGAUUCAUUGUUACCGAUGUCACGCUGGCCUCUUGUAACAUUAUCAAUGUGUUCUCGAGCUGCAAACUCGAUCCCGAUCGCUGGCAGCGCAUCGAGAAGGACCUGUACCUGAAUACGGGGUGGACGUCCAGGGCCUACCUUCACUUUGAACGGAAGCGAGAAGAAGACCUCGCUGACGGGGACAAAGUUGUAGUGGACCUCAAAAUCAGUCGCUUUAACCCCGGGACAAGUGAGCUUUCCGCAGAUGGACAAGACGACUGGGAACCAAGGCCAGGGGGUAUAUGGCUCAAACGAACGGCAGAACGCCACGCCAGCGAUUCUGGGAAAGCGCUCACCUCUAUCGACGUUCUCUUCGGUGCAGAUGCAGUGGAUCCUCGUCACAACUGGGAGAUGAGAGAUACCCCGUUGUUGUUGGACAGCGGAACUGAGGCGCAGGAAGCUCGGCUCAGCAUACGGAGAGGACCACCACCUAAGAUCACGAAACCGGUUCCGAGGAUCAAUGAACAUGGGCGGUUCAAAAUUAUGCAGGCUGCUGACCUUCACCUGAGCACUGGCCUUGGGAAAUGCCGUGAUGCUGUCCCUGAGGAGCUGACACCGGGUCAGAAGUGCGAUGCUGAUCCUCGAACGCUUGCGUUCGUCGAGAGGUUGUUGGACGAGGAGAAGCCAGAUCUCGUCGUUCUCAGUGGCGAUCAGGUGAACGGAGAAACAUCUCCAGAUGCACAGACUGCGCUGUUCAAGGUCGUGAAGCCACUUGUGGAUCGCAAAAUCCCUUACGUGGCCAUUUUUGGCAACCAUGACGAUGAGGGCGAUCUGAACCGACAGCAGUUGAUGGAGAUUCUGGAAGAACUGCCAUACUCUUUGUCUGUUGCUGGUCCUGAGGAUAUCGACGGAGUUGGAAACUACUAUGUCGAGGUCCUCGGCCGUGGAAAGACCAGCAACUCUGCCCUGACACUGUAUCUCCUCGACACGCACUCUUACUCUCCGGACGAACGCCAGUUCCGAGGAUAUGACUGGCUGAAGCCUAACCAGAUCAACUGGUUCAAGGAUACCGCGCAAGGAUUGAAGAGAAAACAUCAUCAAUACACUCAUAUGCACAUGAACAUGGCGUUCAUCCACAUACCGCUUCCCGAAUACCGCAAUUCGAAUAAUUACUGGAAGGGAAACUGGCUGGAACCUCCAACAGCGCCGGGUUUCAACUCCGGCUUUAAGGACGCUCUCGUUGAGGAGAACGUCCUUUUCGUCAGCUGUGGACAUGACCACGUAAACGAUUACUGUAUGCUCGAGAAGGACGAAAACAGCAACAAGCCAUCCCUCUGGAUGUGCUACGGCGGUGGCUCCGGCUUUGGAGGCUAUGGCGGCUAUGGCGGCUACGUGCGCCGGAUGCGCUUUUUCGAUUUUGACAUGGGUCCUGGACGAGUGGUUACUUAUAAGCGUGUCGAAUGGGGAGAAACCGAGGCGAGAAUUGACGAGACGAUGAUCGUCGAUGGCGCGACUGUCAUCGGUCCGCAAGAGAACCAUUAGCAGUAUAAUUAAGAUUAAGCGUACGGUUAGCCAUGGCAUUUGACCAUCUGCUCAGCUUCAUGCUGCUUCAUGUAGUAUUUUUCCCGGACUCAUCCGUAUGUGAAAAUCUCAAUACUUUGAUCUGGUGCAGGGCGGGGGGAAAUGCAUAGGAUCACUCUAAGCUUGAACACAUUGAGACGGGAAACAAAUAGU